AUGCCGCCUCCCGAGCCCAUGCCCGGCUACGGGCAGCUGCUCCGGCAGGGCUACGGCAGCGUGGCGGCGGCGGUGCGGGACUGCCGGGACUGCGGCUGGGAGCUGGCGAGCAGGACCUGGGCCGAGAACGCUCACCUGGGCUGGGCGGAGGUGCUGCUCUGCGGGCUCUGCGCCCUAGGCUGGACCCUGCUGCGUCGCGCCGCUGCCCGCAGGCUCUUUCGGCCCUUUGGGGAGUGGUGCAAUCUGCAGCCCAAAGAUGCUGCCAAGAUGCCUGAGAGUGCCUGGAAGCUGCUUUUCUACAGCUUAUCCUGGUCCUAUGGCAUCUACCUGCUCUUCUUCACUGACUACCCCUUCUUCCACGACCCUCCCUCUGUCUUCUAUGGCUGGAAGAAGGGCAUGGAAGUGCCCAGGGACAUUGCCAUUGCCUACCUGUUGCAGUGCAGCUUCUAUGGCCACUCCAUCUACGCCACAGCCUACAUGGACACGUGGCGCAAGGACUCAGUGGUGAUGCUGCUGCACCAUGUGGUCACCUUGACCCUCAUAGCCUCCUCUUAUGCCUUCAGGUACCACAACGUGGGCAUCCUGGUGCUGUUCCUGCACGACGUCAACGAUGUGCAGCUGGAGUUCACCAAGCUCAAUGUCUACUUCAAGCACCGGGGAGGGGUCUACCACCGCCUCAACGACAUCAUCUCCAACAUUGGCUGCCUCACCUUCAGCAUCAGCUGGUUCUGGUUCCGUCUCUACUGGUUCCCGCUCAAGGUGCUCUAUGCCACCUGCCACUCCAGCCUGCAGCUGGUGCCUGACAUCCCCUUCUACUUCUUCUUCAAUGCCCUGCUGCUUGUGCUCACCCUGAUGAACAUCUACUGGUUCCUGUACAUCAUCCUCUUCGUGGCCAAGGUGCUGCUGGGGCAGAUGCAGGAGGUGACAGACGUCCGAGAGUACGAUGUGGAGGAGAGCAGGAAGAGAGAGGCUGAGCUGCAGCUGCCCUCUGCCCUGAAAGAAGGGAUGCACCUGAAGAAUGGACUGGUGAAGGACAAGAGGCUAUAA